CGGGAGGAGGGUGAAAUAGAGACAAUUAGGUUUUUAAACAGGUGUCAGCCCGGGCGCAGUCACCUUUCGUCCUGCUGCAUGCGGCUCAGUCGCGCGCUUUCCGUGAUAUGAAAACACUUGGCACGUGCCUGCUUCCGUCGCAUUGGCUUGCUGUCCACGAGCUGCUGUCACGAUGGUUAAAUGUCCUGUUUAAUGGUCAAGGCGUGUGGAGCAGUUGCAUUUAAAAGGUUGGAGCAGAAUGCCACACAAGUUCGCAUACUGGUCCGACCCUGUGUGGUGUUACAAUGCCAGUUCUGGAGGGGCUCUGGAGCCCAGAUCUCAGGCUGCGGGACUCGGGUCUUGGUGUCGGGGUCGACGUUGGGGUCUGUCCAGAUGAGGCUCCCAGCUCGUCAGUCUGGGAUCCGCUCAGGACGCCGCCAGUUACCUGCGGGGGCCUGUCGCUGGCCCUGGAGCUUCCAGCUCUCAUUAGGCAGCUGAGGGCAGCCUGGAGAGCACGCAGGGGAGGCCCCCGAGGGCCCGAGAGAAGUCAGACCACUGCUUGGGUGGAAGCAGAGAAGGAGGAGGUAGAGGAGGUGCAGGAGCAGGUCACAGAGGACAGGAGCACACAUCUGGAAGCUGAUGGCAGACUGAACACUGGUCAUGCUGGUGUGUUGCUGGCUGAGAGAAGAGGCUCCUACCCUCUGAUUGACCUGCAUAUCCUCAAAAUCAGUGCCCAGCAGGGGGAGGUAGAGUCUGGCACCAGGAGAAAGGUGAAGCGUCUGCUGAGCUUUCAGAGAUACUGCCAUGCUUCCAGGCUGCUGAGGGGGUUGGUGCCCCACACCCCCGAGUCGCUACACCUACUGGACGAUGACUACCUGGGUCAAGCUGCGCACAUGUUAUCAAAAGUGGGCACCUGGAACUUUGACAUUUUCCUCUUCGACCGUCUUACAAAUGGUAACAGCCUUGUGACUCUCAUGUGCCACCUCUUCAAUGUCUACGGUCUCAUUCACCACUUCGAGCUAGACAUGGUCAAACUGCACAGGUUUCUGGGCAUGGUGCAGGAGGACUACCACUCCCAGAAUCCCUAUCACAAUGCUGUUCAUGCUGCUGAUGUCACUCAAGCCAUGUACUGCUACCUAAAAGAGCCCAGGCUAGCAGAGCACCUGAGCCCUCUUGACGUGUUCCUGGGUCUGAUGGCAGCAGCUGCCCACGAUGUGGACCACCCUGGAGUCAACCAGCCCUUCCUCAUCAAGACCAGACACCACCUGGCAUCCCUCUACCAGAACACGUCUGUGCUGGAGAGUCACCACUGGAGAUCCACUGUGGGCAUGCUGCGAGAGUCAGGACUGUUGUCCCACCUACCUGCUGAUAUUUCGCAGGACAUUGAACAGCAGCUCGGCUCACUCAUCCUGGCUACAGACAUCAGCAGACAAAAUGAGUUCCUGUCAACCUUCAGAGAACAUCUGGACAACCAGGACCUGGACCUUCAACUCCCGUCACAUAGGCACUUUAUACUGCAGAUUGCCCUCAAGUGCGCAGAUGUUUGUAACCCAUGUCGGGUUUGGGAGCUGAGCAGGCAGUGGAGCGAGAGGGUGUGUGAGGAAUUCUACAGGCAGGGUGAACUUGAGAGGAAGUUUGAUUUGGAGAUCAGUCCGCUGUGUAACCAGCAGACUGACUCUGUCCCAGCCAUCCAGAUAGGAUUUAUCUCGUACAUUGUGGAGCCUCUGUUUGAGGAGUGGCACCGCUUCACAGAGCCUAGCCUGCUCAGCCAGACUGUGACGGGUCACCUGCACAAGAACAAAGCACGCUGGAGCCGCCUACGAUACGCGCACACACCCUCAGACAUGCAAACAAACCCUGAUGCUGAAGAGCCUGAGCCCGAGGGAGGAGGUGGAGAGGGGGACGACAUCCCUUAAUCUUCUUCUUGCUUCUUGAGGUGUUUCAUCUUCAUUUCUAAAUGGAGGAGAGGAGUGUUUAUCUGCCUCCAUGUUUGUCCUCCAGCAUGUUUUAUCCCACAUCUGGUUGAUCACAAGCUCUGAAAGUGGGAGCGCUGAAUGGGAGUCUUGCUUGGUUUUGGUGAGAAAUGGCUCCCUCUGCUGAAGGGAGGACUGUAGCGCUGCAGGAAAAGAAAGGGGAGAAAUGCACGGUUGAGCAAACAAAUGGAUAAUCUUAGUAAAUAAAUGCCAAUUUGACAGAGUCUUGCCUUGCUCUUUAAGACCUUGAUAUUUCCAGGAACAGAAUUGAAAAGUUGUGACCGGUGGCAGAAGAUGGAUCAAUGAAUAGAAAUACAAAUCUGUGUUUGCACUAUGCUGCUACAACCAAGAAAAGCCAAAAUGAUAUAUACAAGUCAGCUGGACUGUGCUGGAAAAGAUGAUAUAAAAUAUAUGAGAAAUUAAGAGGAAUAUAUCCACUAUACUAUGCUUUUUAAACUUAAAAAAAAAAUUCACGUUAAGCUCUUUACACUUUUUUCUCUUUUUGUACAGCCUGCACUUCUGCUGGAUGCUAUUUCAUACAAGUGGCUCACUUGUCUACUUUUGACUGAAGUGCUUUUUUAACUCAAGCACUAAGCUGGCAUGUCAAGGUACUGUAAACUGUAAAAUGUACUCUUGUUUUAAUUGUAUAAGCUCUGAGCAGACUGAUCAAAUUAAUGACUGACAUAAAGUGGCUUCAGUUUGCAACAGAUAAAUGUUGCUGAGUCACUUGAACACUGAUUAAUACUGUAAGCUGGAUGUUUUUGGAUGGGAGCUGACUCACUGAAGUUGAGAACACAAAUGAGAGCCAUUUUUUAAGUGUUUGUGUUCUUGUCUAAGAAAAAAAAGUCUGUUAUAAACAGUAUAAUCUGUACAUACUGUGAUGUAAAACCUCAGCAAUUCACAUGCCAAAAACUCAGCAAUGUAUUAACCUUUUUAUUGGUUACAGAUAUUGGGAAAUAUUUAUUUUUCUGAUAACCUCACUUUACAAGCUCACAUACAACAAAGCCUUAAUAGCAAUUUGGUCUGUCUGUAAAACACAUUUUGUAAUGGUGUUUUACACCUUUCUGGAUAAACUUUCUUACGCCGACAAACGGUUUCUGCCUGUUUUUCUUCAAUCAUACCAGCAUACUUAAACACAGACGCACAUGCACACAUAGUAAUGUAGCAUGUGCGUGUUAAGCCUGUUUCCUGUCUGAUCCUUUACCAAGUAUCAGAAUUAGGUGUAAAAAUGAUUAGCAUUGCCAAAGUGCCAAUGUACUAUUCUGAUACAUCGCCUCACUGCUUUCUUACCUCUCAAAGGCUUUUAUAUUUCUUUUUCUUUUUAUUCCUCUUUAUAUUUUUUGGAUGCUGCAGGCACUGUGUGUACUGUUAUGUAAUGAUCAGACUUGGGCCAAUUAGUUACUGCAAAUACAUCAGAUUUCUACUAUCAGUAACAAAACGUUGUACUGUAGAAUUAUCAUUGUCUAAACUGAUAGUUAUUGUAUUAUAAUAUCCAUAUUGAGCUAUUUAACCUAAAUCAAAGCAUAAAUAUUAUUUGUAAAUGCUACUUGGUCCAAGUAUAAAAUGUACCUCUGAUAGUAGUAAUUUUUCUACCACUGCUUGUAACAUAUAUAGAUAAGGUUGUCUCAUCUAAGGAUCAUGUUGAGGCUAAGUACAUGGUGCUAACAGAGGCUCAGGCCCCACGUCUUCCCUGACCUACAGAGGAAUUAUCUGAGCUUUAUGAUUCUAACAACCCAGCCAAUAUAAAGUAUAUCCUAUAAAGUAUUCUGUAAAAUAAUCACAGCUCACAAAGUUGUGUUCAUAAAAGUAGUGAAAAGAAAUAAUAAUGAAUUUCUAUUAUUGUUCUUUUAAUUUACACUAGAGCUGUGAUAUUAGUUUUUUCUAUCAGGCACAGUGCAAUAAGGCGGGCAAGUUGUAACAAAACAGCUAUUUUCAUAUCUAUCUAUAGCUCUUGUAAAUUAACAAGGAAAUUAUUCAUGUGUCUUCACUGUAGCACUCUAUUGGCUUUGCCGCAACUCCCACAGCCAGCCGCACUACUGUCUAAAAUUGUCACUGUUUUUGACGUUGUCACCGUAAUGGACAUUAACAGAUAAGCUUUGUAAAGACAGAUUUUAUCCACACAUUUGUCCCUCCAAGGACAAGCCUUGAUCAUGUGUGCAAAAACGGUUUUAACUGUUUGAAAUCAGUCUUUUGUGAAAUAUCACUUCCUGCUCCCUAAUUAAAUGCUCCCUAAAAGUGGCAUUUAAUUCAUUGCAAGUGACACAUUACUGCCACAGUAUAGACCUGGAUAAGAUAGCGGGCCUCAUGCUGCCUUGUAUUUCAGCGCUCAAACAGGGUCAUUGGGCCAUAUUGAUUCCAGUAACUAGUAAAAAUAUGCAUCUUCAAUUAAAAGUGCAUGACAGAGGGCUUAUUAUACCAGAUCCACCAUAAUUAUCUUAUUAAAACAUAAAAUGGUCAAAAUGAGAUUCUGACAAUCACCUGGUAUUAAACAUUUUAGGAAGUGACACAGACAAUAAACAAAAUCUAGCUGAAUAUCAACAUGUGCAUAUUUCAUGCACUGAGGUGAUGACAUGUUCUCUUCUUGUUUUACUGAAGUGAAAGUUCAACAGUAUCUGACUUACUGUUUGCAUUGUGAGGUACACUUCUACCCCAGAUUUCACUGUGUUGUCCAGUUAUCCAAUUCCAGUCCAUUGCCAGAGAAGUUUCAAUGCUGGUAUUUCCGUUACUUUGUUUAUUUGUGUUACCUCAAUCAAGUCAAAAUGAAUCGAGUUUUGACUUACAAUGGCGAGGUUGAGUCCAAAUUGAUCAAACGUGAAAAACUGAACGUCUCAGUUAUUUUUCUAACUUCUAGACUACCUAGUCGUUUGAGGAAAAGUAAUUAUCAGCUUAGUAAUUAAAAUUUUGCUGUCUUAAAUCUCUUCAAAUUGAGCUUGUUAUUUCCAAUAUGAAUGCUCCAAGCUGGAUACUUAGGAUGUAAGUAACCCUAACUUAUAUUGAAUUUGAUAUAUUACAGAUGUUUGCACUAUGGUCUACCAAGUGAUCCAAACAAGACUAAAUGAUGUGAUCUGAAUCUCUGUAUUUGUGUGUUUGGA